GCGCUCCGCGGCCGGGCCAUGCGGCGGGCGGGGCCGGGGGCGGGCGCAGCGCGGGCGGCGGGGCCGCUGGGGAGCCCGGGGGCGCGGGCGGCGGGACUCGGCGGGCCCAGGGCGGGCUCGGCCAGCUCGCGGCCCCUCCCCGCGCGGCCCCCGGCCCGGGGUCGCCGCCGAAGCGAGCGGCUCGUCGGGGAUGGGCAGGCCGGGAGCGCGCCGCCCGACUCGGCCCCUGAUGUCUUCUUCUUGCGAGUGCGGCUAGAGGAGACCGGGGAGAUGUUCCGGGUGACAAAAUGCCACAGCGACAUGACCGUGCGGGAGCUCAAGGAGGAGCUGGACCUGCUGGUUGGCAUCCCCUUCAACCUGCAGCGGCUCCAGUACCUCGACCAAGGAGUUUUGAUGGAUGGUGCUACGUUAAAGUUCCACGAUGUUGUUCCUGGUGGAAUUAUUUCAUUAUGUAUCUGGCAUCAUGACGGAUGGACAGAACUCGUUGUGGCGGCUGUGGAAGGGGAUCUCAGUAAGCUAUCUGGUAUCGGUAUCACUGAAGACUCCUUCUACCGAACUGCAAAUUCAGAACAUUUUAAAGAUGAGGAGUGGAGGCGGUGGACGUCUCAGAGGGCGUUUGUGGCAUUGUAUAUCACCUCGCACAGAGGCCACGCUGAUGCGGUGCAGUACCUUCUAGAACAAGGAGCCAACUGCCGCGGCAAGUCCCCCCUAGGCAGGACACCUCUGCAUGUGGCUGCAGCCAUGGGUCGGCUGGACUGCAUAAGCCUCCUGCUCAAGUGGGGGGCCUUCAUCCACGACAAAGACGCCAAGGGGGAGACCCCCAUCUCCAUCGCCCGCCGCCUGAACCACACGCAGAGCGAGCGGCGGAUGUUCCUCCUCCACUGGCUGGCACAGUCCGGGGCAAAGGACCUGAAUGACAUGGCCAUGAAGAAGGUUUUUCAGAAUGUCAAGUCUGGGUUUGGGCCCAAGAGGAAGACCCCAAAGUAGCUCCCACUGGGAAUGUUUGCCCAUCGAAGCGGACUUAGGGAGACAGCGUCCUUUCCUCGCCAGUGUGUCUUCGCCACCACCGCCACCCUCGCCAGUCUCCGUUUUAGCACUGCACACACGGAGCGCACCCGCACAGGCCACGGUAUUCUGCGAGGAUUCAACCGUCCUGUCCUGUUGCCGGUGUCCUGCGGGCAAGAUUCCAUUCCUUCCUCCACUCCCCGCUAGUUGUGCCACCUUGGGACCAACGGUCACCUCCCAAGAGCCUCAUCACCUGGUCGUGCUGGGGAACA